UAAAAAAAGGUUUCGUAGGCUAGUUAAUUCCGCAAUCUACAGACAACCACAGAACUACCGAAUAGCCUGGACAACAGCGACAUCAUCUACAGCAGCUGGUGGUCGUGCUGAUGGUUGCCGCAGCUUUUGUACAAAAUUCCGUAGCCGGUGUUUAAGACGCUUAUACCUGAAUAUCAGAGCUUAAUUAGCAACUUGACGAGCAUGAAGAUGAGCCCGAAGCCCUCCAUUGAUUUCAACCGCGACCGUUUUCCAUUCUGUAUCGUGUGGACACCGAUUCCUUGUCUGACGUGGCUUUGUCCCUUGAUAGGCCACAUGGGCAUCUGCAUGUCCACUGGUAUUAUACGGGACUUCGCAGGACCGUACUACGUAUCUGAGGACAACAUGGCCUUUGGCCGGCCUGCAAAGUACUGGAUGCUGGAUCCUAGCAAAGCAAGGGAUGGAGUUCAGGGCUGGGACAGGGGCGUUGUUGAAGGCUCGGAGGAGUACAGAGGCCACAUGCACAACCUCUUCUGUGACAACUGCCACUCGCACGUCGCUCGCUGCCUCAACCUGAUGCAGUAUGAUGGCAGCACAAGGUGGAACAUGAUCAAAUUGGCACUCAUGAUGCCGUUGCACUCCAAAUAUGUCAGGUGA